AAAAAUUAUAUUGAGAAGCCUUAACGGGUCGGGUUCAUAUGGUGGGUAUUAUAUUGGAGUCGGUUACUGCGUGGGGAUUGAUUGAGCUUAGAAAUGCCGGUCAGGGCGGCAGAGACCUCCGCGCCUCCUCCACAUCAUUCAGGUUCCACCUGUGGACAGACAUCUCCUCCACCCUUUACCCUUUUAAGCGUUGGCCAGGGCUUCUCGGGUACUCAGAAUGUUUCGAGUCUGCAAAAAGAUGAGGCUUGGAGAGUAAAUGUUCGGAUACAAGGGUGUGAUCUUGAGAAUGGUUAUUUAUGUGGAACCAUGGAAGCACUUAAUGUUCCCAUGGCUGACACACCAGUUGUCACCUUUUGGGAAGGGGAGAUUGUUGACACCAAGAAUUAUACUUUCUUCACUGAAAAGUGGGAAGCAACACAAGAUGAUGAUAUAAGGCACUGGACCAAAUUUCCUUCUUUUUCUGCUCUGUUGAGCCAAGUGGAGGUUGAUGGUGGCAAAUCAUUAGAUCUCAGCAACUAUCAGUACGUAUUCAUGAGAUGGAAGGAACAAUACUUUGUGAAUGUUGGCACAGACUGUGGUUUGACUAUAGCCGGCUUUUACUAUGUGUGUUUCUCAUGUAGUGAUGGCUCCAUCAACGGCUACUAUUAUGAUCCUAAUAGCAGUCCGUUCCAGAAACUUGAGCUGAAAUCCACAAAUGAGGGAAGAUUUGGAGUCAGUUUUUCGUCAUAUGAACUGCAAUAGUAUUAUCAUACAUAUAUCAUCUUUGUUGUACAAGCAUGAUAGACUUUGACAGUAUGUUAGUAAUGGCACUUCAUGGAGCUGUGUGGUGAUUACCAUAUACCGGUGACUUCAAGAUUAUAUGAAAUCAUGCAUUUGGUUGUGAAUUUUUGAUUACAAGUGAGAAAUACAGGAAAGUCCAGUUCUAUC